AUGAACGAAGACAAGCUGAAAUAUUCAACAAUUAAAGUUGAAUUUCUCAUUGUGGUUUUAGUUCUUGUGAAGAAUGAAAGUAAUUUAUUUACAUCUACAGCGAACAUCAUGCCCGAUUGUCGAGAAGGCGGGUUGGGAUCAUGGCGAUUCGAUGUGCACAUUCAAUCCUCAAUUCGGACAAGACAAUCGUCGAUGAUGAGUGAUGAAUGUUGGCUGAUUUCAACUGCAAACGAUUGGAAAACACCCACGUUGAAAGUAAUUCAAACCGAUGAAAAUAGUCAAAGUAGAACUGAUCAACGAGAUGAUCAGUCGAUUGUCACAGAAAACGAGCAAAUGAAACCCUCGCUGAUCGUUCGAAUUUUACAAUGCGCAAAUCAAUCCCAACAACUGUCGAUCGUUUUUCUUUCUACUAAAGAGAUGAAAAUAUUUGUAUGUUUCUUGAUCUUCAUAUUCGCUCAACAAUUCGUCAAUUCAGUUCAACCAUAUUUUCCCAAACAAGUGAUUUUCUCUCCUGAUAAUAACCAAACAAUCAUCGCCAUUGAUGGAAUUAAUCAGCGUGCGUAUUUAAAACUGAACGUAAGUUCCGAUGAUACUGAUAUUGCUUACGUAAUGCAACACAUCCCGUACGCCAAGUCAGGCUCAGCACAAGCGAAGCAUUAUGUUCAAUUAAUUCUAAAUAAACACAAGGGAAAUACUCAAUGUUCUUAUUUAACGUAUUGGGAAUACAGUUCUAAUGCGUUUGGUUUGUUUCCAUCCCAUUGGGGAAAUGAUAGUUCAUAUCGAAUUACAAAUUAUUUGAAUUUUAACUAUCGAAUGAUUUAUUCGACGAACGCAUCGACAAAUGAAGAUUAUUGGUAUUCAAAUGAAACGUGUCGAGUCGAUACUGGAGAAGUUUAUCGAUGUCAAGACAUUUACUUUCGUAAAAAUACAAAUAUACCCAUUCGAUAUUCUGAAGUUGUUCAAGUUGAUUCAGAAACUAUUCGACGAGUUCAGAACUACACAAUUUAUUCAAUAGAAAGGCCAAGUGACGCGUAUUUCAAGUCAAUUCCAAAAAAUUGGUCUGAUAUAUGUCGAGAUGGCGAUCUUGGAAUAUCUUAUAAUCCUGAUCAUAUUAAGUUAAAAUUAAACAAGACUGCUAAAGUAGAAGUUUGGCUUCCUGCUCCUCCACAUGCAACCCAAAGCAAUGAUACUGUUGUUAUCUAUUGGGAAGCCCUCGUAUGUACUCAUUGUUUUCGAUGGACACCAACACAACUUAUUUUCAACAGUACGAACUUUAACAAAAGACAACUUUUAACCAUAACUCGCGUCGAAGACUCAGAAGAAAUACUCUUAAUUCCAUUCUGCUCUGGUGGAGGUUAUGAUAAAGUGCCAUGUUACGCUAUGUACUUACCAAUUUAUUGA